CGGAAGUAUCGCCCGCCGUGCCGGAAGCGGAAGCGGGCGGGCCGGCGGGAGGUGGAGCGGCCGUUCCUCUCGGGUCGCCAUGCAGCUGCGGCUGCUCCUGCUCCUCUGCGCGCUCUGCGCCGCCGCCGCCCGGGCCGAGGCUCAGGUGCAGAGCCCGGGACAGCCAGUCGCUCAGGGGUCCAGCCAGUCGGGGCCACCUAAUGACUCAGAAAACACAGGGAAUGAGCACUCGGAUACGUCCAGAAAGAAGGAAGAGGAGCAAUCUGAAUCGAACUCCAAAUUGAACACAACCAACACAAAAGAUGUAAAGGAUGAGGCCCAGAAGACCAUGGGCGGGUCUGGCCCCAGCAGUGACGAGGACAAAGGCCAAGGCAGUGACACAAGUUACAAAAACGGCAAACAAGGUGGCGGUGCGAGUAGCGGGUCGGGUAGCCAGAGCAGCAACUCCACUAGUUCGGGUAGCAACAACCAGAAUGGGAGCAACGGCAGCAGUGGCCAGAACGGGGACAACGGCGGCCAGAAUGGGAGCGGCAGCAGCGACCAGAACCAGGGCAAUGGCAACGGCGGCCAGAAUGGGAGCGGCAGCAGUGGCCAGAACGGGGACAACGGCGGCCAGAAUGGGAGCAGCAGCAGCGACCAGAACCAGGGCAAUGGCAACGGCGGCCAGAAUGGGAGCGGCAGCAGUGGCCAGAACCAGGGCAAUGGCAACGGCGGCCAGAAUGGGAGCAGCAGCAGCGACCAGAACCAGGGCAAUGGCAACGGCGGCCAGAAUGGGAGCGGCAGCAGUGGCCAGAACGGGGACAACGGCGGCCAGAAUGGGAGCAGCAGCAGCGACCAGAACCAGGGCAAUGGCAACGGCGGCCAGAAUGGGAGCAGCAGCAGCGACCAGAACCAGGGCAAUGGCAACGGCGGCCAGAAUGGGAGCAGCAGCAGCGACCAGAACCAGGGCAAUGGCAACGGCGGCCAGAAUGGGAGCGGCAGCAGUGGCCAGAACGGGGACAACGGCGGCCAGAAUGGGAGCAGCAGCAGCGACCAGAACCAGGGCAAUGGCAACGGCGGCCAGAAUGGGAGCAGCAGUGACCAGAACCAGGGCAAUGGCAACGGCGGCCAGAACGGGAGUAACGGCGGCAGUGACCACCAGAACGGGCAGAGUGGCGGUGGCGUCCAGAAUGGGGGCAGCAGCAACAGCAGCCAGAGUGGGGGCACCGGCAGCGACCACCAGAACGAGAGCAACGGCAGCAACAACCAGAACAGCAGCAACAAGAACAAGGACAGCAACAACCAGGACAGUCACAACAACAGCCAGGACCAGGGCAGCACCAACACAAACCAGGACAACAAGAACACGGAGAACCAGAACAGCAGCAACAAGAACACAGGCAAUAACGGUGAUAACCAGCCCAACAACCAGGGUAAUCAGGGGGACUCACCGAGAGAUAAAAGCACGUCACCACAAUCACCUUCCUUCACUGAGGACAAUACCUCUUUAGACAAUGAACAAAGCCCCAGAGAGAAAGAGGAUGGAGCUGAAGAAAGCAGCAACGACUCCUCCUUUGAUAAGGAGAGAGAGAAGAGCAUUCCUUCUUCCCCCAGGGACCAGUCGGAGAGCAGCCACUUCUUUGCCUACCUGGUGACCACAGCUAUUAUUGUUGCUGUCUUGUACGUUGCGUAUCACAACAAACGCAAGAUCAUUGCUUUUGCUCUGGAAGGGAAAAGAUCAAAAAGUGGUCGACGGCCGAAAUCUGGUGAUUAUCAGAGACUGGAUCAAAAGAUCUAAAUUCCUCCUCGGAUGUUUAGUGGAAUAGUGACGGCCGGCAAUGAAAAUGCAGGAACACUGGGACGCCCCCCGACUCCCCUGCUGCAGCGCCCUGAGUCGUAGCUGCGCUGCUGCGUCCAGAUUUCAGACGAAGGGGAAAUGCUUUUCAUUUUGCACCUGCACCUUGGUAACGUUAAACCUCUCACUUCCUCAGAACGACUUUCUCCUUUUCCAGCUGCCUGAAGAUGAACUCGUUUUCCGCUUGGGUGUCUGGCUUCUAGCCUGCAGCCCAGGAAAAGCCAGUCCCCAGCACUUGAGAGAACUUUUGUCUCUAAAUGAAAUGGAAUUUGCCAUCUACUGUACUGACGUCUCCUCUUGCGGGGGGGAAAACAAAAAAUCUGCCUGUGAAAUGAGCCAUUUGACUCUUCCCCUUCCGGAGUCAUAGAGCUGCCUUUGUAACCAGCACAGUCUUGCUUGAGACACAGACAUUCUCCUCUUCUGUCUGUUGUAUCUGGACGCUAAAGUUCGGAGCGUGACUGAUUGCACUAGUGUGGAAACGAUCCGCCAAGGACUCUGAUUUGAUUUGAUUAUUUUCUCUCUCUGUGAUGAAGACAAUGUUAGAGUGUGAUGAUCUAGAUUCUCUCUUUAAUGCACAUCUUUGGAUGGAGCAGGGGGUGUUUUGUGGCCCUCGGGUUGUAGCUUCAACUUCCUCACCUGCAUCUUGUGCUCCACACGGGUCUUUUCCCUCGCAGUCCCCAGAGCCCAGAUGUUUGCACUAAGGGUGACAGUUGUGGUUUGAUGCUGUGAAGGAGGGCAGGUCAGGCUUAGAAAGCUUUGUGCCAAAUUGCUGCGGUGUAGUUAGAGCAGGCUUUGCCGUGGAAGAUUGCUUUCCUACCCCUUGUAAAAUGUAGUUAAUCGGUGACAUAAAACACACUGUAAUCCCGAAGCGUCUGGCAAAAGUGAAACUUGUGGUUGCUCGAACCUCGUCCUCGGAAACGCAGCACCGCGGCCCUGGCGCGUUUGGCUGCGCUGAAUGAGCCUCCGUCGGUUGUCGAGCUCGCUGCAAGCCAGCGCUCGAGAAGCGCCGGGCUCUCGCCUGCCCGAGAGGCGAGGUCUCUGCUCGCCCGCCGUGUUGCGCAAGCCUUGGCCGCGCCGCGCCUGCCGAGCGGCUCUCGCCUGGGGAAACCGUUGCAGCCUGCGGCGCGGGCGCUGCCUUCUCUGCCUGUGAGUCACCACGCGUCACCUUCACCCCGAGGUUGCUUCCAGAGCAGGUGACUGACGUAUGAAAGGGCUUAUUCCCACUCCUCCGUGGCUCUGCCGGCCCUGGCUUUGAGGAGUUUUAUGUUGCUGAAUGUACACUUAACCAACCGCUUGCCACUGAGCUGGUCGCUGCAGUAUUACUGUGGAGCACUUAAACUAGGGCCUGGGGCAGCCUGGGUGUCUCUGAGGCUGCAAGACACGUUGAUUUAUGAGUUACAGCUGUGAGGUUGUUUUUAUUUUUGUAGUUCUACUCCACAGAUUUUUGUUUGAGGCAGGACAUUUCUGAAGAGGGCGUGAAGUGCCUGCCCAGCUUGUGCUUUUGUUUUUUUCCAAUAUGGGCAGAAAAAAAAAUUGGUUUGAGGCAGAGAGAGCUCUUCGCGCGGGUACCCGUGUACGCCCGAAGCUCGCGCCAGCCGUACGUGAGUCACCCUCUCCACGCACUGGCCGGCUGCGCAGGAAGAGUCCCAGUCCGGGUUAACUUCCCUCCAGCUGGCUGCGAAAGCUACUUGUGGGACGAGGCCAGCCUUUUUCCGGCCUUCCCGAGGUUGUGAACAAUUGAUCUGCCCUGUGCUUGCUAAAGAUAGUCACGCUUGACGCGGGCAAAGACGUUUCCUUGUCUGGGCGGGAAAGCUACAGCUGUAUUUUCUUUUUUCAGUGGCUCAUUCCCAGUGUAAGAGGGGCAAAGGGGUUUGACCCUCUCUUAAAAGAAAAAUCCUCCUUUUUUUUGUUUUCAUUGGCUCUCAGCAAGCACAAAGAGCAGGAGAAAGUCCCUCUUGGCUUUAAAUAGCUUUCAAGGUUUCACAAGGUUUUCUGAUGUUAGAAGUACUUGCAGAAGCUAUUUUGGAGAAGGGGAGUGUGAGGUGGAGGGAAGGGAAAGGAAAACAAGUCUGGGAACAUAACCCUAGGGGGAAAUGUGCCUUCUGAAAAGGGUGGGAGCUCCUGCAACAAGACUCUACUGUUUCAGAGAUCCCGUAGGAUAAGUCUGAGGCUCGCUGUUGUGCAGCUGAUUUAUGGGCAGGAUGUGGGCUGGGAGGUGGUGGCUUUUGUCUAAUGAUGGGGGGGGGGGGAGGGGAUAAAAACCCAACAUAUUCCAACAUGUGAAAUGCCAUGUGCUUCUGAGCUGCUCGUUCCUGAAGUUUUCUGAGUGCCUGCGCGCUCUUUUCCUGCUAUGUCCUAUUUUUUUUUUAAUGGAAAAAUAAUUUACAAAGGGCUUUUUUCAUCAUCUGCUUGCUUCUCUAUCCCGCGAGCUUUUUCAGAUGCCUUUCAGCCCCCUGUCGUCCCGAGUCAGGUUGGGAAUCCCACCCCCCUCACCAGCAGGUAGCUAUUAGGAGCGAGUGGGGCGAGGGAGCUCUUCGCCGAGCAGGACCGUUGUACCUCAGACGCGACCGUCAGGCUGCACCGAGCACGAGCUCCUCGUCAGGUUAGCGAGGGCGUCCCUCGCGGCUCGGCGGGAGCGGCUCGGCGCCCAGCAAGCGCAGGGUUUGGGGAGAGGCCGAGCUCAUGCCAGGCUAAACGGGGGAGGCUCCCCCGUAAACCUCCUCCCACGCAGCAGUUCCCGAGGGCAGCGUGUUUCUGGCACCAGCCGCUGUAACUGUCCGAGCUGCCCGAAACCUCUGGCAGUGACUCUCGGGUUGUUGGGUUUUGUGGUGUUUAAAUUUAUGCAGUGUGUUUCGAACGGGUCGAGGUGCGCGUGACCUCUUCCCUUUGGACACAGCGUGCUUUUGAACGGACGGUAUCUGUCAGGGCGUGGGGGUUUUUUGCCAAAUGUUACUACUUUCAGGCCAGCUGCCUCCCCGGUUUGAAUCAGCAAAUCGUUUGUUUUCUGCUGCAGUGAAACGCAACUUGCUUUGAAGGAUCAGAAUUUUUAUAUUUCUUUGUAUUUUUUUUUUUUUCUGUGUGGUGAAGCCAAUAAACGGAUUUAAGGAAAAUAAAUAA